GCCAUUUUAGAUAAUAAAAUAUUUUUAUCAUGAUGAAUCAAACGGCGAGUAAGGCCGUUUUCGACGAGAAAUUAACCUUUAAGUAGUAGAAUGCUAAAUUUCGCCUACAAAUUUGUAGAGACGUCCUGUAGCAUUUCCUCUAAUUUAUUCAACUUUUCUGUAAUUAUAAACACACGUUUCCUAUUUGACGACAUUGUGAACACGCAAAAAAGGUAAACAAGAGGCGACCACACUCCUUCGCA